UGCCGAACUGCCGCGGGUUCCCGCUGCCUGGCAACGCCAGACCACACACCCGGCUCCCCACUGUUUACGAACCACUCAUAUGACAUGCCGUGUCUGCGGAAGCUACCUUCAUGGACUGUGCGGUGUGCAUGACCCGCUUGGCGACAACGAGAUGCACCGUGUUUGCCACAGAUGUGUCAACUCGAGCAACCGCAAGGAAUCAAGCACAGACUCGACUGCUUGGGCUGCAUCUUCGAAGCGCCCCUGCCCGGACGAGCGGGCAACGGGGAAGGAGAAGCGAGCGGGUGCACUGGGCAGCUUGAAACCCGUUGGCAACACCGCACGUAAGAAAAGUUCGUGGCGCCGAAAACCGCGAACGACCGACGCUCGAAGACAAGGUUCGGGCGCUCGACCUUUUGAAGAGCAUGAGCGGCGUAGCAAUCGCGAAGGAUAUGGGGAUCGGGACAAGGUUCGGGCGCUCGACCUUUUGAAGAGCAUGAGCGGCGUAGCAAUCGCGAAGGAUAUGGGGAUCGGGGUGAGCACCUUGUACAGGUGGAGAGCUAAGGAAGCAGACAUCAGCAAACAAGCAGCAGUUUCCAUGCCCGGCGCCAAGUCUACGAAGGGGGUUGAGUUUGCGAAGGUGGAGUAAGCAGUCAUGAAAAUGUUGGUGCAGGCGAGGGCACUGAGAAUGCCUGUCAAUCGGGACGCGAUCCAGGCAUUCGGGCGCAAAGCUCGUCGUGCGCUCGAGAACGCAGCAUCUACGGACGCCGAGCGUGUGCAGUACAGCGGCUGCAACGUGUCCGAGGGGUGGGUAAAGAAGUUUGUCAAGCGCAACAACCUGCACCCCCGUACACUUCACGGCGAAGCAGGCAGCGUCGACGACGAAGCCAUCGCCGAUCGCCUCAGAGUAAUCCGCGAGACGUGCGCUUAGUAUGCCCCAGA